AUGGAAGCAAAUAAUACCAGCACCACCCAAGAGGGAACAACGAGUGCAAGCGUGGAGGAAAUGGAAUUCCGAAUUGUGAAGAUCUCGCUGUACGUUUUGAUUUUGGUUCUAAGCUGCGUUGGAAAUAGCUUAGUAGCUAUUGUGAUUAUAGGAGCUAGAGACAUGCGAACUCCUCCAAACUUUCUCAUCUUGCACCUUGCGUUGUGCGAUUUUAUCACCCCAGCUUUGAGCAUUCCGUUUGAUUUAGCGCUUGAAGAAAGAGACUACGUUUGGCAAUUUGGGGAGACAAUGUGUAAACUUCUGUGGCCACUUCAGACAGCUUUUUCGAUUUCAUCUUCAGUAACUCUCGCGGUGAUUAGUUUAGAAAGAUUCAGAACAGUUUCAAAGCCUUUUGUAAGACGUAUGACGAGUUACCAUGUUCUUAUGGCCGUGUUGUCAAUCCACGCUAUUUCAAUCGGCAUCUGUGUACCUUAUUUUCUAGUUUUGAAUUACACGGACUAGCCUAAAAGGUCGUGCGACGAAAUAUGACCGAAUGUGGACUACAGAAAAGGAUAUACAGUUGCACUGUUUCUUUUCGGAUAUGCUUUUCCUCUGAUGACAAUGUCCGUUGCGUAUUUGCUCAUUUAUAGAAGCUUGCGCUUAAACCUGUUGAGGCUCACCUCCAUAGACGAAAGAAGGCAUCAAAGCUAUAGCAAGGCAUCUCAGUUAUCAAACGUGAGCAAAGACAGCAUGGAACAUAGAAGAAAAGAACAGAACAUACACCUAGCGAAGAUGUUCAUCAUUGUAGUCGUGGUAUUUGCAAUCAGCAUGUUUCCAAAUCAAGUCAUUUGGUUUUGGAACGACUUUGAAAAUGGAGGCAAGAGCGAUUAUUUUAAUUACGUUUCCGCCGUGGGUCGGAUCUGUACUUACGCGAACAGCGUUUUAAAUCCAUUUAUUUACGCCCUGAAAAGCAAAGAAUUCAGAUCUGGCUUUGCAAGGAUUGGUCACACCACUGUGGUUAAGCCUNAUCAAUCCACUCUAUUUCAAUCGGCAUCUGUGUACCUUAUUUUCUAGUUUUGAAUUACACGGACUAGCCUAAAAGGUCGUGCGACGAAAUAUGA